AUGGUGAGUUCAUCAUUGGAUAAGAGCAUAAAAAAGGCACUUGCAAAGGACCCAUCGUCUGGUAGUCCAAAUGAGUCGGGAAGUGCAAUAAAUGUGAACAAUAGUAUUCAUAAUAAUCUAAAUUUAAACAAUAUUAGUGGUGGGGUGAAUUAUAAGAAAGACUCUCCACUGUCGUCCGAUGAUAAAAUUCAAUUAUUAUUUCCAAAAUGUAGACCGCGCUCGGAUUAUCAUCACGGACAAUUAACAUCACUACAAGAUACUCUUACAACAGAUCUCUUAUCGAUUGAUUCUUUAUCAUCAAAUUCAUCACAAUCAAAAUUAUCAUCUAAUACAAUUAUACAUCAACAACAACAACAGCUACAACAUAAUUCAAACAAUAUAACACAACAAGCAUCAAAUAAUAAAAAUAAUAAUAAUACUAUUAUUAAUAAUAAUUUAAAAAAUUUAAAUAGUAAUAAAAGCAUCAACAAUAGUAAACAAAUGAAAUUACAAUCACCAUUAUUAACAUCACCCGAUCAUAAUAAUAAAAAACAACAGCAUCAUCCGUUUAUUAAUAGUGAGCAGGCAAAAUUAUCAAAACUGAAUAAUAAUAAUAAUAAUAUUAAUAACAAUAGCAAGCAUGAACAGAAUAAUGAGAAUAAUUAUGUAGAGACAAAUCCAUUUCGCAUUGGCAGUAAUAAUCGAUAUUUCUAUGCACAACAAAAUCAAACAACUGAUUCAUUACUCUUUAAUAAUAAUAACAAUAAUAGUGCAAUGGCAACAGCAUCAAAUACUGCAUCAUCCUCAAACAAUUCAAUGAUGCAUCAUUAUCACUAUAAUAAUAAUAAUACAACAACAACGUCAUCAGCUACGGGAUCAGCCUCAGGUUCCACAGCAACGGGAGGCUAUUAUCCCUCACUCGAACGACAUAAUUAUUUCCUCGAACCUGAUGAAAUUGAACAUAAUCCAUACAUGGUUGAUAUUGUGCAAUCUACAACACAACAAUCAUCAUCGACAUCAAUUCCCAACACGAUUCCAUCGUCAAUAUUAAAGACAACACCACCAGAUACUCCACCAGCAUUGCAACCAUGCUCAACACCCGUUGAUUCGUCGCCAUUAGGCAGUAGCCGUAAUCUAUGGGACUUGUCACCAAUUAAAAGCACAACACCGACAAGAAUUAAAACACAAUCGCCAUCCCAGACAGUUUAUUCGAGACCACACAGGGGAUCGUAUAAAAAACUUUUGGCAUCGCCUAUUCCUAUUGAAGAGGAUCUUGAAACGGGACAUUAUUAUUAUAAUAAUAAAAAGCCAUAUUAUCAGGCACCACAAACUGAUAGCGACUCUGCAAAUGAGCCGGCGACAUUUAAUGAUAUUCAUGAAACUGACAACAAAAUUAAACCGAGAUCGUCGUAUUUUAGUAAAUCUAAAAUGAAACAUUCGGAUACAAGUGACGCUAUAUAUGCAGAAAUAAGAAAAGAUAGAUGCAAGGAUGAACAUCGUAAUAGCAGCAAAAUGGUAAAAUCAAAAUCUGGGUCGGGAAUAAUGGAGUAUGAUGGUAGUCCAAGACGAUUCGGUAUGGCAUCAAAUGAUGAUAUUGAUUACUAUACGACUAGUCAAUCAAGUUACAAAUAUGGUGGUCCAUUAAAUUCUCCACCACCUCCUGCUCCAUCAAAUGGAACAUUAAUCAAUUAUUCUUCAUCAUCACCACCACGUCCUGGCUUUCCUCAACGAGUUUUAUCACAUUCAGCUUCCACGAGUGCCGCUAAUGCUGUUCAAAUUCCAAAAUCUUAUUCAUUUGACGAUCACCAGAGUCUGUUGACAUCAUCGUCUUAUGGUAGUCAGCAGCAGCCACAAAAUGUUACAACUACGUCGACAAUAAUACCGACGACAUUCAUCAAAAAUAGCAUGAGUGCAUAUGAGCUUUUAGCUACGCAAGAGAAAACUCAACAAGCAACAAUUGUUGAGGAAGAGCCUGAGAUUAUCGUUGAUUCGCAAGAUGACGAGGAAUUGGGAGGAAGUGCAAAUAUGAUUAUGGUUUUGCCAGAAGCUAAAAUUGGAACAUGUAGUAUGAACAAUACAAUUACAGCAUCAAGUACUGCCAGCGCUGUUGAUCGUGUAGAUGACAAUGAUGACGAGGAUAAGCCGCAGAUGCAUACUGAUGCCGCUAAUAUUAUAACCAGCAACACUUUUGAUAUAACAUCACCGACAGAGAAUCUUCCUAUAUCAACAUUCGACUAUUUGUACGAAUUUUCCGAGACAAGAAAAGUUUUAGAAGAAUUUUUCAAAUGUCCGGAUGAUAAGAUUAAGGAAUUUGAAAAGUUCAGUGACUUUAAUGAGUCGGAUGAUAGUUUGGAUAUUCAAUACGACUAUCGUGGACAAAUUGAAAAGGAAAUGGAAAGCCUAUAUGGUAAUAGCAAACAAGCCGCAUCUCUAUCACCAACGUUAAAGCAGCAACAUGAUGACGAUUCACAGCAACUUGAAGAGGAUAUUGAUGAUGACAAUAGAGAUGAUAAAGAAGACGAUAAGGAGGAGGAGGCAUAUGUGAAGGCAAAACAGAAUGGAUUUAUACAGCAACAACAACAACAGCAGCAACAGCAACAGCAAAAUCAUCACCAUUCAAAUGAAUUCAAGGAUAAUCAAAAGUCUUUUGAUUAUUAUCUUGAUACCGUUAGUCGCAGUAGUAUCGGCGAUGACACAAUGGAUCAAGAGAACGACCUCGAUAAUUUAAAUAAUACUCAUAAUCUACGUAGAAUGAGUAGAUCGACAUCGAAAGAAAAUGAUAAUAAUAAUAGCUGUAAUAAUUUAAGCAACAACAAUAGUAAUAGUAAUAGCACUAGUUUUCAACGUAGGCAAUCAAAGAACUUUAAUUAUUCACCGGAUACGACAGAUUAUGAUAGUGAAAGCUCAAUGCGCUUUAUAUCAUCUGAAUAUCCAAGCAUUCCGACAAUUAAUGCAUCAUCAGCUACGGUUGAAAUGAGCGGGGGACCUAUUACAACUAAUUACACUAGAUAUUGCACAAGUAUGCCUGUAUUAGAAGAUGGCUUGUCAAGUGGACAUGCAUCCGAUAAUGAAAACAAUAAUACUAAUAAUCCGGUUUCAUUAUCUAAUGAUUUAAAUAAUUACUUUAACAAGCGUAAUAGCAGUAGCAUUGCAUCAUCAAUAAGUACCAUACAGAAACAAUACCAAGAGAAUCUAGUACAAACACAUGCUAAUAAUAAUAUUUUUUACAAUGGUAACAAUAAUAACAAUAGUACUAAUAACACAACAUCAACAACCUUAAAUGGAACUAAAAAUCUCAAUAACAACAAUAGUCAUUUACUAAGUAAUGGAGAUAUCCAUGAUACUAAAGUCCGAUCUGCACAAUCACCGCCCAACUUUCAUCCUUAUUAUGCAAUGCGAUAUGAUAAUACAUCAAAGGAUUCUAUGACGCGAUAUGACAGUAGCAGUAGCAAAGAGACAUUGAGAUAUGAUAAUAGUAGUAAGGAAAUGAUUAAUCGAUAUGAUACGAAAGAGCCACUGAUGAAUUCAUCACAUACGUCAUUAAUGAGUACUAAUAAAAUAUUCAAGAAUCGUGAUCCUGAUCUCGAAUCGCUUUAUACUAUAAAUACAAUUCAGCUCACACCGCCACCACCAGCUCCUGUAGCCCAUAGGCAAAUACUAAAUGAUGCUCAAUUUUCAUCAUCACAAACACAACAACAGCAGCAGUCGAAACAAGAGUCGGAAAUACAAGCGGCACUUAAAGAUAUCCGAACAUCUCUACAGCGUAGCAAAGUGAUGACUGCCAAUAAUUCACCGUCACCGCUUUAUAAUACAAAUAAUGUUAGCAAUAUGAUGAACAAUAAUAAUAAUAAUAGCUAUUAUGAUAGGACUCCAGUUAUACCUGAGAAAAUUGAAUCACCUGCUAUGUCGCUUUCGCCAGUUUGGAUUCCAAGAUCACGUGAUAAAAAUGCUCAUUCACCUAAUGAAACUGGGUCGUUAUUGUCAAAACAUAAAAAUAGUGACGAUGAGGACGAAGAAGAAAUUGAUACAGACUUGGAAACCGAUCGAUUAUUAGGUCAUCAAAUGUUAGAUGACGGCUUUUACGAUGACAAAACGUGGACGGAAAGGAAACAACAACAGUCGCAACAACAUAGGACACCAUCGUUAUUGAACUCGAGUAUAGCUCCAAAAAUAUCACCAAAGAUUAAUCAAAAUUCAUCGACAUCCUCAAACUCGGCAAUUCAAAAAUCAAAUUCAUCGACAUUAUUACGACACGGACUGAAUACAUUGCUUCCUACAUCUAGUUCAUCUGAUUGUUGUGUAAACAAUAGCAAUAGUCCUGCAUCACUUGCACCAUCAACGUCACAGCAUCAAUCAACGUCACAUUCGCUCAAAACUUCACCAUCGACAAUGAAUGCAAACAAUAUGAUAAAUUUAAUUCACUCGAAAAGUGGUGCAUCACCGGAUCUAAGAUGUGAUGAUCCAUCGCCACGUAAAUUAGAGGACUUGCCCGAGCAACGAGAAGAUACACAACAAAACAAGAAUAUUAGCAUAAACAUUAAUACUAGCAACAAUAGUAAUAUUGCAGAAACAAAUGACUUGUGUAAUCUUGAUAGUGAACUUGUCGACAGUCCAGGCGGAAGUAGCUCUGAUAAAUCUAAAACAAAGGACUUGACGUCAACUGGUGAUAAGAAAAAGAAAAAUAAAAACAAAGAGGUGCUUAUUGAAGGAGUUCUAUUUCGAGCGCGGUAUCUUGGAUCAACUCAGUUGGUUUGCGAAGGUCAACCAACAAAAUCAACGAGAAUGAUGCAAGCUGAAGAAGCUGUCUCAAGGAUUAAGGCAUUGGCUCCGGAUGGAGAAAAUCAGCCAAGCACAGAAGUGGACUUAUUUAUAUCGACUGAAAAAAUAAUGGUAUUGAAUACAGAUUUAAAGGAAAUAAUGAUGGAUCAUGCAUUGAGAACGAUAUCAUAUAUUGCCGAUAUUGGUGAUUUAGUUGUGCUAAUGGCAAGAAGAAGAUUUGUUCCACAGGAUCAUGAGGCAAAUAGUGAUUCUGGUACUGGAACUGGUGGAAGUGGAAAUGUUAGUGGAGGCAGUGGAGGACCAACACCUCCAACAAGUGGAAAAAUUAAUCGAACACCAAAAAUGAUUUGUCAUGUGUUUGAAAGUGAAGAAGCACAAUUUAUUGCCCAAUCAAUUGGACAAGCUUUUCAAGUUGCUUAUAUGGAAUUCCUAAAAGCAAAUGGAAUUGAGGAUCAUAGUUUUAUGAAGGAAAUGGAUUAUCAGGAAGUUCUGAAUAGUCAAGAAAUAUUUGGUGAUGAACUUGAAAUAUUUGCUAAGAAAGAACUUCAAAAAGAAGUCGUCGUACCGAAGGCAAAAGGUGAAAUUUUAGGCGUAGUUAUAGUUGAAUCAGGUUGGGGCUCAAUGCUUCCAACCGUUGUAAUAGCAAAUCUCGCUUCAAAUGGUGCCGCUGCACGAUGUGGCCAGCUUAAUAUUGGUGAUCAAAUUAUAGCCAUAAACGGACUAAGUCUUGUUGGACUUCCUCUCUCUCAAUGUCAGCAGUAUAUUAAGAACACAAAAAAUCAAACUGUUGUAAAAUUCACUGUCGUUCCAUGUGCUCCCGUUGUUGAAGUUAAAAUUAAGCGACCAAACACAAAGUAUCAAUUAGGUUUUAGUGUUCAAAAUGGUGUGAUAUGCAGUCUCUUACGUGGCGGCAUUGCUGAACGUGGAGGCGUUCGUGUUGGUCAUCGAAUCAUUGAAAUCAAUAAUCAAAGUGUCGUUGCCGUUCCACAUGAGAAAAUUGUAAAUUUACUUGCAACGUCUGUUGGUGAGAUACUGAUGAAGACAAUGCCUACUUCAAUGUUCCGAUUACUGACUGGACAGGAGAAUCCAAUCUAUAUAUAAACAAGCUAGUGGUAGUGAAAACAUAAGAAAAGAAAAAUAAGUAAAUAAAUGAGAAUGAAUGUUAUUUAUAUGAAAAAUAAUGAUGAGCAUCUUACUCUCCUUAUUGUCAUGAAGGAUGAACACACAAAACAGACACACAAGAUAUAGUAAUAAAUAUGUUGCAGACACAAAAAAUAACAUUCGAGUAUUUAAGUACUAUGAUGUUAGGUAAUAAUCAUGUCUUUAUAUUGCGAAAUGAACUAAUAUUAUUAAGUUUACAUAAGAAAAGAAGUGAUGUGAAGUGAAGUUACUUAAGCUGAUAUUACCAUUAUUACUGUGUUGUUGUUGAUAAUAAUAAGGAGUAAUAGCAAUGAUGAUGAGGAAAGAAAGAUGCUCAACCAAAAAAAAGUAGUAGAAUGAAAAAAAAGAGAGGAGAAAGUUCUUUACAUUAUUCACGCCUUGGCCUUGCAUUACAUCCAUUUAUAGAUACUUGAAGAAGAAUGAAACUUUUAUUAUUGCCCUUUCUCCACUGAAAUAUAACACACACAUACACACACACACAAAAAAAAGUAUGAAAAAUUAUUUUUUUCACUAAAUUAAAUAAGUAUAAUAAGAAUUAAUGAACAUUAGAAUGUGAAAAUCUUAUCUAAAAAAAAAUGAUAUAAAAAUUGUUUAUGCUCCCCUUUUCCCUUACAUAAAAAAAAGUAAUGACGAAGAU